UCGCGUUUGAUCUUUGACCCUUGCUUCUUUCACAUUGUGAAUAAAUUCUCUUCUUGCUAUUAAAUUCUAGCACUGUUUCUUGUACAAAUAGAGCUACUAUUGGGGCAUGGCUGAUCUUAGCCCUAGAGAGAGAAAGUCAAGGUCUCCAGUAAAUACUGUGAGGAAGUCAAAAUCUCCAGUAACUAUGAGGAGGUCAAGAUCUCCUGUAACUAUGAGGCGGUCAAAAUCUCCUGUAACUGCUGCGAGGAGGUCACGAUCACCAGCAGCUCUGAGGAGGGAAGCCAGGAACAGCAACAUAGACAAGGAACCACCUCCUUUGGUGGACAGAGAAAAGACAUGUCCUUUGCUAUUGAGGGUGUUUUGCAACGUUGGGAGGCACCAUCGCCCUGACGAGUUCACUAGACAUAGAGUGCCCUCCAAUGAGCUGCAGAUAUACACAUGGCUUGAUUGCAGUCUGAGGGAGCUGAUGUCACUGAUUAGAGAGGUCAACCCGGACACCCGGCCCAAGGGCACUCAGUUCUCCUUCUCCACUGUGUACCCUGACAUGCGUAGGGGGGGCUAUCGACUCAAGGAACUAGGUAAGACGCUCUCUGGCAAGAGGGGAAUGGAUGAUGAUACGACUCUCUACUCCAGAAAGUUUAAGAUUGGGGACUUUGUUGAUGUUGCUGUAAUACCAAGGUCAAGGAACAGACCCUAUUAAACUUUCUCUGACUGUUAGUCGUUGAUUACUUUCAACUCUUGAAUUUGUACUCAUUGAUAUAUCCUAUGUACAAUGGUAAAACUGUUACAUUCAUUGUACAAUUCCAUG